AUGGCCAACCCCGCAGCAGACCCGAAGGCGGCCCCGCUCGCUGACGAGCUCAGGGAGCUUGCUCUCUCGCUAUCCACGACAGUCUUCCCGAAGAACUUUUUCUGCGCCCUUUGCAACCAACUGGCCUUUGACUCCUACAAGCUAAUCUGCUGUGCCAAAUCAGUCUGCUCAUCAUGUCACGCGAACCUCCAGUUUCCCACAACAUGUCCGUCAUGCGACCACUCGCCACUCGAGGCCGAUUCUUGCGUAAUCAACAAGUCACUACGCAACACGAUGCGAGUGUGGCUGCAAAAGCAGAAGAAGAAGGAAGAGGCCAAGGCUGUGGCUCAGGCAGCUACCCCGCCCGUAGAGGUGACACCAGCCGCGCUUGAGGUGCAACCAGUCGCAGGGGGUAAAGAGAAGCCCGUAGACAGUAUUGAGGAAACACCAAAAGUAGAGAGUGGCGCGGUUGAUCAGGCAGCAGGCUCUGCGGACAACGCGGAAGAUGCUGGUCAGCGCGCCGGCUCUGCUUCGGUCCAUCCGAAUGAGGAAAACGUCUCUACUGAGAUCGCAGCCGAGCGACGCGGUAGCAAUGUCUCCGAGAACGUGACAAAGAACACGGAGACGACAGCGACAGACAGCGCGACCGAUGAGCAGAGCAACACAAACGGAGCAAAUGGCAUGAUGGGCAACAAUACAAUGAUGAACGGUCUAGCAGGCCCAAUGGGCUUCGGCUUUCCCAACCAAGGUGCCUUUGCCAAUGGUAUGGGCUGGAACGGUAUGGCUAAUAUGAUGCCCAACGGCGGCUGGAACGGCAUGAAUUCCAUGGAUUUCAACAACAUGAACGGCAUGUACGGCAACUUUGGAGGAAACAUGGGCAUGGGCAUGAACGACAUGUCUGCCAUGAACAUGAUGCAGUAUGGUGGCGGCUAUGGUAAUGGAUGGAAUGGUAUGGGCAGUGGUUAUGGAAACUUCAGCGGGCCCAAUCAGAUGGGUGGCUAUAAUCAAUCUGGAGCAUAUCCCGAGAUGAUGAACCAGUUUCCCAAGAAUAAUUUCCCAAACCAGAACCAGAAUCGUUUCCAUGCCAAUCAAGGAGGAGCACAUGUCCAGCGAAACAACAGGAAUGGCAGCCAGGGAAGCUUUGGUCCUGGUUUUCAGAACGCGCACAGCCGUCCUGGCAGCCGCAGCGGUCUUGCGCCAAACUGUGACGGCCAGUCGCCUGACGGAACUGCUAACGCUGCCCCUGAGGCCAAGACCGAAGGCGAGCAAACGAAGGCGUCCGCAGAGUCUACUGAUGAAGGUAAAGAGAGCGCCGACGGUGGUCUGGUUUGUUCCGAGAAACAGGGUACAGAGAAUGGCGUUCAUCCUGAUGGCGAUGUCGCUAACCAAGCAGGAGACGAUCCAAGCGAAGCAGCACAAGAUGGUGGUUUGAAGCCAAUCCAAACUGUGGAUACGGGUGAUACCGAUGUACCAGGCUACGAUCAGUCCAUGAUGGGCAACGGUAUGCAGGCGGAUAUGUCAUAUCCUCACGGAAUGAUGAAUCAGUUCUCCGGCCAGCACAUGAAUGCAUCCUUCGAUUCUAGCAUGAGCAUGAACAUGGGUUACAACGGCAACUAUGUCCCCCGUGGUGGCUUCAACAAUGGAGCCUAUGGGGCCGCAACAGUUUUGACAGGACAACCCACAGAGCCCAUUGGCGUAGGCGUCGUUGGAGCGCCCACUGGACCACGUGCGAUGCGAGAGGGUCGUCCUAACACUGGCUUCUCAAGCCGGGUUAACAGUAGUCGAUUCCCCCCACCACCGAAGAGUGUCGCAUCUACAAAUGAUAUUGCACCGGCCAGUCCUCAGCGUAGGGUUCGAUCACGAUCCCCUCUACGAGAUGAGAGUAUGCGCGUCAAGGACCGAUCGCCCACCCGUUCACGGUCAAGGUCCAAGGCUAGAGAGGACGUCAGGGACGAGCCACGUGAGCGUUCGCGCUCUGCAGACCGUCAGUCUCGGCGUGAAGACCGCGGACGAUCAGUCACACCAUUGGAUAAUGAGUACGAGAGCCGCAAGGACCGUAAGCAGUACCGAUCUUCCCGCUAUGACGACCGUGAGCAAGAGUACGAAGACAGGUAUCGCGACGAAAAAGGUAGUCGGGGUGAUCGGACGCGAAGCGCAUCAGCAGACUCCAAGUAUCGCAGCAGCCGCCGCGAGAAGGAAAAGCAUCGUUCAUCACGUUCCCACCGCGAGCGAAGUAAAGAGCAUCGCCGCCGUCACCGCUCUCGGUCGCCCCGUGGAGAUGAAAAGUACGAUGACGACGAGGCCUAUGCCAAUGGCGGAAAAGACUCGGACGGUAGCUCUCGACGCAAGCAUAGGAGCGGCGACAAGGAUCGACGCGACCGCUCACGCGAUAGGGAGCGCGAAAGAGACCGUAAAGACAGGAAGGAACGUGAGCGUGACUAUGAUUACGAGCGCGAAAAGGACCGCUCUCGCGACAAAGACAAGGACCGUAGGCGCCGCCGAGAUCGCGAAGCCGAGGACGCCGAGCGCGACUUUGAUGAUGACAAGCACCGUUCUUCACGCCGCAGCCGCAAGGAUAGGGAGCGUGAGCGACGCGACUACGAUGACCAUGACCGACGCGAAUCCGACGAACGCGAGCGGAAUGAUAAGCUCGCGCAGCUCGAGAAGGAGGAUGACGUCGUCGGCCAGAUGAUGAAGAAGCGCGCCGUCUCACCACCCCUCAACGCACCAACCGGCCCUUCGGCAAACGGCUUCAGCAUCAAAGGUCGCUCCAAGAACAUCGCUAUGCCACCGCCUGCUCAGCCCCCUACUGGUCCUCGCGCCUUCCAACCACCCAAGGGCCCGGCCGCAGACCGCAACAAAGACCGUGGCAGCGAUGCUCGAGACCACCGCCGCAAGAGUAGUACGAGCUCAGCAUCUGCCGCCCCUACCGGCCCUGCUCCAAGAGAGAAGGACGCUGUACAAGACCACUACGCCGCGGAACGUGAACGCAACGCCCGCGAGCGCGACAGCCGCGAACGCGUAGUCGACAAGGCCCCAUCAAAGUCCUUGCAUUCUCGUAUUUCCUCAUCUGCCCGCCCCUCACUCUCUAGUAAGCGGUCCCGCGAUGACAUAGACGAUGAGGUUCCUGUACCCAAGGGCCCCAAGGCAGAGGCUAAACCACCUACUGGACCUGCCAACCACCGUGACAAACGCAGAAAGUCUGGUGCCACCGGUGAUGACAACAUUGCCAAUCUCUUCACUGCAGGACUGAGGAAGAACGCCAAGGCUAGACGCGGUGGUGUCAGGACUGAGGGUGACGUCGAGCGCGAGAUGGUGGAGAGGGAAAGGGAACGUAGAUGA